AUGUUUGCUACAAAACUCAAAGAUCUCCUCGCUUUAGGGACAAUUCUUACCACUUUUUCCACCGUCGUCGCAGACAGCAGAAAUUUCAACCCUACCGGCGCAGGAUGUGUUGAUCAGUCAGGAUUCCUUUCGUGCUAUCAAACUCAAGCAAGUGCAGCAGUUGAUUGCGAAAACUUCUGUGUCACCUCUACCAAGAAAGGAUCAAGUGCGGCAGAGAGUUGUUCAAAGGGAUGUGGUGGAAAAUGGCUUGCAGCGAAUAUCGGUUGUUGGAUCCAAAGUUGCUGGAACGAAGUAUAUUCAUGUGAAUAUCAGUUGGCGGCGAUAUCAUACUUUGGGGGCACCGGCCUUGUCCAAGAUACUAAAAUCCCCUUCUAUCCUCCACCAGACAACGCCUCUGCUGGCUCUUGCUCUUGCAACCUCGGCCAUGUUUACGGAAAUAUCACCGUCGUCGAUGCUAGUUUAGCCUGCACCGCUGUAGUUUCAACUGGAGAUGUAAAUGGUGUCUAUAGUUGUCAAUGCUGCCAAUACGGUUAUCCAAUCUCUAAUUCGCUGAACGAGUGUCCGAAAUCCGAUCUCUCCGUCAUCGGUUUCCCUGAAGCGAUAGUCUCAACAAACAACAUAAUCUCCGGGUCAAAAGACAAAUGUGCAAUCCUCAACUCGUCGCCAAAUAAAUGCGUUAGCGAAUAUAAAUUUCCAUGGGUCGGCAGCACGACUUAUAAUCCUCUCAGUCUUCCAACAACGAUUGGCAAAGAGCCGCUAAGCAAUACGGCGGGAAAUGCUUUCACAAAAAUCGCAAGCGUAUAUACAUUGAGUCUGUUUCCAGCUUACUCGAGCGUUAUCACGCCUAUAGCUUUCAACGCUCAAGCUGGGGUACCUACUGGCACGGUCGAUGUUAUUGCCGCCACUGCUGAUGGCACGCCCACCGCACGUAAUACAGCUACAAAAUCAGCUACGUCUUCGAAGAGCGGUGCUACUGGUGUCAGUGGUAGUGUGACGUCUGCACCCACGGCUACUUCCACCCCUAGUGGUGCUCAGAGGAGUUAUGGUCGAAAUUGGUUGUGGUUUGGUAGCCUCGUUUUUGCUGCGUUAUUCUACCUCAUUUAA